CCCACGUCUUGAGCGAUCGCGUGGUUUGUUCCGGAAGCCACCUUUGCUUCGUUGACGUACUUCUUCUUCUCGCAUCAUCCUCACUUCCACGACAUCUUGUCGGAGGCUCAGAUUAUUUCGCGAUGGGGUCACAAAUUGAUUCACAAGACGAGUUCACGGUGCUCGUCACUGGCUUCGGCCCUUUCAAAGCCCAAUACCCCGUGAACCCCUCCUGGGAAAUCGCCCACUCUCUACCAGCAUACCUCCCGCCCCUCCGCGCCAAGAACCCAAAAGAUCACCACUCUUCAACCUCCCCCUCCACCUCAUCCUCCUCUCGGCCCCUCCCACCCGUCCGCAUCCUCGUCCACCCGGAAGCCAUUCGCGUAAACUACCAAAACGUCCGCCGCCUGGUGCCCCAGCUAUGGGACCCGGCAGUCCAUCCGCGCAUCGAUGCGACCGUCCACAUCGGCAUGGCGGGACCGCGACUGUUCUACUCGAUUGAGCGCCGCGGUCACCGGGACGGUUACGCUUUCCCUGACGUGGACGGGAAGAAGCUCGAGGACGAGGAUCGGCGGAGGGAGGAGGGCGAGAAUUGGGUGUGGUACGGCAUGCCGUCUGAGAUUGAGACGGGGUUGGAUUUGGCUGAUGUGUUGGAGCGGUGGAAGGACCAUAGCCCGGAGGGAUCCGACCUUCGCAUAUCUGAAGACGCAGGACACUACCUCUGUGACUUCAUCUACUUUUCCAGCCUGGCGCAUCUGUGGAAGGCACAAAAGCACCGCAGAGUGACGUUCCUCCACGUCCCGUCCGAUGCAUCCGAGGCGUCCGUCUCCAGAGGUACCGAAUUGGCGGUACAGCUGAUUCGGUCUAUUGCCGAGAGCGAGCUGAGUCGCAGACGUAAAGGAGGCGAGGAGGAAGUCGUGGGUAAGGAUGAUAAGAUUGCGGUUGAGCUGCGGGUAUGAUAUUUGUGAUCGGUAACUAUGAUUUCUAACGAGCAUUAUGAACCACGGUUGGGCAGGAUACACAUGUCUGAGCGCCUAGGCAGGCGGCGGGGCACCAGGGAUAAGAGGGGGCAUUGGGAUGCAUGACGGAUCUAGCCUGGAGUUCUUUGUGCUAUUUACGUCUAUAUGGUUCAGCUAAUUCAGUAAGAUCUGAC